CUAUUAAUAACCAAACCCGAAAAAAGAAACUGGAAUAGUAAGUAAUAAAUGUUACAGAUCACCUGCGCCACACCCCACGGUACAUCGAACCUAUCAGCCGACGAUCUUAUUCUAUUAACCUCGAUCAAUCCACGUGGCAUGUUUUUAUAGGAGGGUUCAGUAGAGAGAAAACGUUUUGUGUAAACACGACUCACCAUCUCCUUCAUCAUUCUCUGCAAAAAAAACUUUUAGCCUCGUCUUCUCCUUCUCCUCAGUAGCAAUCAGAAAACAAAGCUCAAAUUGUUUCGUAAUCCUCUCUCUCUAUCUCCUUUCUGUCUUCUCUUUUAACGAUUUGUCUUUUCAUAUUAAUUUAGUUCUAUAAAUUGGUUGAUUUUUUUUAAAUUGUUCUCGUUAGCGAUGGUGAGAAAGCAACAGUGAUUAAUCUAAUCAUACUGUUGAAAUCUUUGCUCCUUUGUCAAUAUCCAUCGUCAUUCUAUUUUUGUGUAAACGAGAAAAAAACAUAUCUUUCUCGUUUUAGGAGAGAGAAAAUUGUUUUUUUUUUCUUCUGGUUUGAUGUGAAACUCAGAAGAACAGAGAAAAGAAGACGAAGGAGACAGGAAUUGGGAAAAAAUCUUUUGUAAGCCAGUGCUAAGUUCGGAUCCGGGUCGGGUGGAUUUUGUUUUUUUGUUGUCGAAUCAGAGACGAAGUUGGCUGUUAGCGGCGGAACUGGCGAUUUCCGUUUGCGGCUGUGACGGUGUUUCUGGCUCGUCGUCUUCAACUAAUCAGGAGUUUCAUCUCAGUUUAGGCAAAGAGACUCAGUAAAACUUGUUGGAUCUUUAAAUGUCUGGUUUUGAAGAAAACGUGGCUGUAAUGGGAGAAUGGGUUCCUUGUAAUCCUAGCUCGAAACGUGUUCUUGAAAGAGAGCUAUCUUUGAAUCAUGGCCUUGUUAAUCGUCUAGAAGAAGAAGAAGAAGACACUAGUGGUAAUAACAAGAACGUUUCACGAGGUGGUGGUUUAAGAGAAAGAAUCGCUGCUCGUGCUGGAUUCAACACUCCGAGGUUAAACACUGAGAACAUCCGCUCUAACACCGAUUCUAGUCUUCGCUCUCCUAAUUGCUUAACCAUCUCCUCUCCUGGCCUUAGCCCUGCAACGCUCUUGGAGUCUCCUGUUUUCCUUUCUAACCCAUUGGCUCAACCGUCUCCAACUACAGGGAAAUUCCCAUUUCUUCCUGGUGUUAACAGUAGUAAUGGAUUGUCUGCUUCUGAUAAAGAGAAAGACGAGUUCUUCGAUGGCAUUGGAGCAUCAUCAUCAUUCACAUUCCAUCCUGUUUCAAGACCCUCUUCCUCUUUCUUCCACGGCGCAACGGAGAUGAUGCCAGUUGAUUAUGGUAACUACAACAACAGUUCUUCUCAUCAUCAGUCCCCGGAAGAAGAUGUCAAACUCGGUUCUGAGCAAAGUGGCUUGAAGAGGAAGACAUCUGAUGCCACAACAAACACCAACGACCAUCAGGAAGAGGAAGAAGGAGAAGAAGAGCAAAGAGGUGGUGAUUCGAUGGCUGGUGGUGGAGCACCUGCAGAGGAUGGAUAUAACUGGAGGAAAUACGGACAAAAGUUGGUUAAAGGAAGCGAGUAUCCACGAAGCUAUUACAAGUGCACAAACCCGAGCUGUCCAGUGAAGAAGAAGGUGGAGAGAUCAAGAGAAGGUCACAUCACUGAGAUUAUAUACAAAGGAGCUCAUAAUCACUCCAAGCCUCCUCCUAACCGCCGCUCCUCCGGAACGCAACUAGAUGGAACCGAACAGCAACAGCAGCAGCAGCAGCAGCAGAGAGAUAACUCUGCAACGUGGGUUAGUUGUAAUAACACUCAACAACAAGUUGGAAGCAAUGAGAACAACUUCGAAGAAGACGGAAACCAAUCUGGAUCGAUUCAAGCUCAAGAGUCAGGUGAUGUGAUUGUGGUUGAUGCUUUGUCAACACUCUCUAAUGAUGAAGAUGAAGAUGAUAGAGGGACUGAUCAUGGUAGUGCUUCUUUGGGAUACGAUGGAUGUGGAGGAGGAGAUGAAUCCGAAUCGAAAAGAAGGAAACUUGAGGCUUACGCAAUAGAGAUGAGUGGAGCAACAAGAGCUAUACGUGAGCCAAGAGUCGUUGUGCAGACAACGAGUGAUGUUGACAUUCUCGACGAUGGCUAUCGCUGGAGAAAGUAUGGUCAGAAAGUUGUCAAAGGAAAUCCAAACCCGAGGAGUUACUACAAAUGCACAGCUCCUGGAUGUACGGUGAGAAAACACGUAGAGAGAGCUUCUCAUGACCUCAAAUCCGUUAUAACCACUUACGAAGGCAAACACGACCACGACGUCCCCGCCGCACGCAACAGCAGCCACGGCGGCGGCGGCGGUGGAAACGGUAACAGCGCCGCUCAAACCAACCAUUACCAAGAGCCUCCACGUGGAAGAUACGUCAGAGAACAGCUCAACCAGUCUUCUCAGUUCGGACGUCCGUUUAGCUUCCAGCCGCAUUUGGGUCCUCCUUCCGGUUUUGCGUUCGGUCUAGGACAAACCGGUUUUGGUAAUCUUUCGAUUCCUGGUUUAGCGUUUGGUCAAGGGAAAUUACAGGGUUUGACUCACCCGUCGUAUAUGAUGAGUCAACAACCGGGUGGGAUGAGUGAAGCGAUGAUGAUGCAGAGAGGGAUGGAGCCUAAGGUUGAACCGGGUUCGGAAACGGGACAGUCGGUAUAUAACCAGAUAAUGAGUAGAUUACCACAGAUUUGAUAAUUUUACUCUCUUUAUCUUUUGGCAUUUGGUUGAUGCUUAUCAUAAUUUUUAAUUUCUUCUUAAAUUUAUUGGUUUGAAACUUUGGGGGAAGGUUAAAGGCUGAUACCAUUUCCAUCUUUCGUGUGGCCUUUUGUUGUUAUCUUCAUAAAUUAUACAAGCUAGUAAGAGAUGAGGAAAAAUAGUUAUAUUUAUAGAUGCAAAAAAAUAUUAUAUGAUAAUGUUUAGAUACUACUUACUC